AUGCUUAACGGACUAGCGGUGCCAGCAGCAGCACCAGCAACUUUAUUUCCUCCGCCUGGAGCACCAGCUAAUGCAAAUGGAGCAGCGCCAGCAACCCUAUUUCCACCACUCGGAGCACCGGGAGCAGCUAAUGCAGGGGCACCAGCAGCAGCAAACUUACCGCCAGCAGCUGGCUUUGCUCCCGCCGCUAAUGCUAAUCCAUUCCAGCCGAUUACUUUUCCAACAAUGAACAUACCAACUCUGUUUCCACUACCUGCUACUCUUGCACCUCUAAAUCCCGGUCUUGGCGUCGGAUAG